AUGGCUCUUAUACCAGAGCCGUAUGUGGGCAACAUCCAAAGGAUGAGAGACUAUCGCGGGGCGCGCAUAUUCCAGGCGCCGGAAGAUGGAAGUGGAAUUGUGAAGGCUGCAAUUGCGGUCUUCGACACAGACCUAGAUGUGACACAGUGUCCAGAACUCACCACACACAACACCGUAGUGAGCAAACUUACUUUGCCGUGGUGGUCCAAUGAGCUCGCUGCGUUGAAGCGGGAAGUCACCACCAGGAAGAGGAGAAUCCGCUGUGACGCUCCGAUCCAUAGGGAACAUGUCGUUGCUGAGUACCUGCAAUUUAAAGAAGACUAUGAAAGGAAAGCGAGGUGUGCCCAAAUCCAGAGCUGGAAGGACUUCUGCACCAGGCAGGAUAGGCAGGGGGUCUGGGAGGGUAUUAACCGAGUAAUCGGGAGGACUAAAAAGAGGGAAGAGGACGUAGCCCUGAUCAAGAACGGCGUACCACUUAGCCCCGCCGAAUCUGCUUCUCACCUGGCGGAGACCUUCUACUCGGAGGACUCACACACAACUGAUAGCCAACACCACAGGGACACCCGGGAUCUCGCACAGCGGACCAUUCUCCGGGACCCUGAUACCUUCCUUGCCCUGGCCAAUAAGUGCCUCACCCUGGGCCACUUCCCCAAAAAGUGGAAGGAGGCCACAGCCGUGGUGUUAAGGAAGCCGGGCAAGGAGGACUAUCAGAGCGCCAAGUCAUACAGGCCAAUCGGUCUGUUGCCUGUAUUGGAAAAAGUCCUGGAGAAAAUGGUAGUAGCGAGGCUCCAGUGGCAUCUGGUACCGAGGCUCAGUACUCGCCAGUAUGGCUUCAUGCCCCAGAGGAGCACCGAGGACGCCCUCUAUAUUCUAGUGAACCAAAUUAAAGCAGUAAUCAAGCUGAAGAAGUUGGUCACGCUAGUCUCACUGGAUAUAGAGGGCGCCUUCGACAGUGCAUGGUGGCCCGCCAUCAAGGUCCGACUGGCUGAGGAAGGUUGCUCGGUCAAUAUCAGGCGUCUGCUGCACAGCUACCUAGACGACAGAUGUGUGAAGCUGAGGUACGCCGGGGCGGAACAUCGCCCAGAAACCCAAAAGGGCUGCGUCCAAGGGUCCAUAAGCGGACCUAUCCUAUGGAAUAUCCUCCUAGACCCGCUCCUGAAGGGUCUGCAAGAACCGGGCGUCACCUGCCAAGCGUUUGCGGAUGACGUGGUUCUGCUGUUCGCGGAGUAUACUGCGUUAGAGGUGCAGCGACAUGGCAAUGCCGCCCUUGACUUUGUUCAGGGGUGGGGCGUCAAAAACAAAUUAAAAUUUGCGCCACAUAAGACCUGCGACAUGCUGCUGACCAACAAGCUCAAGCAUGACACCCCGCUCCUGGCAUCCGCAUAUGCUCCCGCCGUUGACAAGCUGGGUGUCCGCAAGCUCCUCGACACUGUGCAAAGAGGAUUCGCUCAGAAGAUCUGCAAAUCGUACCGCACUGUCUCCCUAAACUUGGCCCUACUACUGGCCGGGUUACUACCUCUGGACCUUCGUAUAAAAAAAGCAGCCGCUCUCUACGAAGCGCGCAAAGGGUCGACUCGGCUAGUGCUGGGGGACCGGGAGGUAGAACGUGUGGUGCGAUAUGCGGAACUACCACAUCCGGCCCUGCGUAUGAACUUGAGGUUCCAGAGUCUGGAGGACCAAAGCCUGGUAGACCAACACAACGUGCAGUCGCUACGUAUCUUCACAGAUGGUAGCAAGCUCCAGGGCAAGAUCGGCGCCGCGCUGUCCAUAUGGGACAGCCGGGCCGAAGUGUGGAGCCGAAAACUGGGCGAACUCUUGGCCAUACGCAGAGCUUCGAGCGAAAUCCUCAGUUGCAGUGCGGGGAGCUGCGGCAUCUACAGCGACUCGAGGGCGGCGCUGGAGACGGUGACGAACCCCGGAACCCUGCAUCCUCUCGCAAUCCAGGCGCGCCGAAACUUCAGCGAGGCCUUGAGUCAGGGCAAAGAUGUAACUUUGUUCUGGAUCAAGGCCAACGCCGGCAUCGACGGUAAUGAGCGCGCCAACCAGUUGGCUAAGGAGGCAGCACUCUCGAGUCGGAGGAAGCCCGACUACGACCUGUGCCCGGUUUCAUUCGUCAAUCGCCAGAUACGCAGCGAUUCGCUCGACGAAUGGAACCGGAGAUACCAGUCGGGCCACGAGGCCUCCGUCACGAGAGUGUUCUUCCCAGACGCGAGAGAUGCGUACUGCCUGAUGCGGAAGAUCCGGCCCCAAGGCGUUGCUACGCAGAUACUAACGGGACAUGGGGGGUUCUCCCAAUACCUGCAUCGCUUCAGGUGUCGGGAGAGCCCGUCAUGUAUCUGCGACCCAGCACAGGACGAAGAUCCUGCACAUCAUAUUUGA